GUUCAACGUUACGACUGUACGUGAUGCACCCUUUUUUCAACUGCGAAAAAGAGGAUAUUUACGACGUCUUUCACGGCCCGUCCCACGAACCACCGGGAUCAUGGACGGAAUCUAUAAAACUUGGAAGAAUUCAUUGGCUUUCCCUGGGUCGUAAGUAUACAAGCUCCCAGAGGGAGAGGGCUACUUCUGCGACGUAUUUGACCGAGACUAUUGUGUGAUGGGCAGACUCAGCGACGACAUGGGCGACUGGCCAGCCGGAGCCUUGCAGCACCAAUAAGUCCGUCACUCAGCAUAUUCGGACAUGACGCAUCCUGCAGCCACCCCGGUCGGCGUGUUUUCGUCGCAGCUAGUGAGAAAAUGCUGGCCUGGGGGAUGCGGUUGCGGAUGGAGUACGGAGUCGAUUUUUACGCACAUCUCAGGGGUUCAGACGCGAUCGCGACGGUAGUUCUCGCACGGCGUAUCAUCGGUCCAUUACAGCGACCCCGAGAGAGACGUCAUGGAUCUACCCCGUACGUUGAUAUCGUCCCCGGCAACGGCCAGAUGGCGUCCUCGAUCCCGCCUGGAACGCGUCAGUGGCUUCGGCAAAAAGCGACCUGUUACGACGCAGCUCAGACGAUUUGCCUCUCGAAUUGGCACCGACCUGGGUCGUAUGGUUGGCUAGGCGUUCAGCGACCAGUCCCUGGUCUGGGAGUCGAUGUGCGACGUCCAGAACGGGUUUAUAUGAGAUGUGUGGUGGCUGCAUCGGCCCGGUUUGUGGGCCGGGUUUCGCUCAGGUCGAACGAGACGGGGAGGAAGGGGUCUCAAGAGAGUGAAGCAGCAGCUCAGGGCCAUCCAGUCAGCAAGACAUGCUGCCAGACAUGCUGCCAGACAUACUACGAAGCAUGUCACCUACGUGUGCGAAAACGGGGAGGCCCCAGCUACGAGCCGGGAGACGGCGCCGGAAGAGGUGUUCUUGCAAGCGGCGGAUAGGCCGUGGAUAUUGUCGCAAGUAGAUGGACAAGGCGGCGCGAUAAGACGGCCAGAUCGAGGGCGGUUCCACGAGAGAGGGGAGAAGGGCACCAAUCAGGCUGGGGCAAGGUUGCGGGAAAAACAAAAGAAAAAAAGGCAAGAAGGGAAAUUGGGAGGUUGCUGGGUGGCGGGUAGCGGGCAGACGAAGUUGGCUGGGCCAGCGAAUCUAACGCUGC